AUGGCGGCUAAAAGCAAAAUUCCGUGGACAGACGAAGGCAAGAGAGAACUAAGACGUUUGAAAGAACAAGGCCUUUCGUAUAGGGAGAUUCAGCAGACGCCGAGUUUCCAAAACAGAACUCUAGCAGCUCUUCAGAGCAUGCGGCAGCAGAUAAGGGAAGGGGAACGUGCAGACUUAGGUCGUCAAAGUGUCGAUGAAGAGUUUCCCGGCCGUCCGGGUACUGGAGUCAAACGUGCCUCUGAAGGCUCAUUGGAAGGGUCAAGCAAAAGGUCACGUAGAAGUUCGGACCACGACUAUAUCCUGAGCGGCGAUGAGAGAGCUAGUGGGGCUGAGUUUGGUUCUGACUCUGACGGGCGUGAGAGCUCCGGAGGCGAAGAAGAGCCCGAUGAAGAGGCUCGUCUACACAACCAAUCUUCUCAUGGAGAUAACGAUGCUGCAGGGAGUCAAUCUCGAGAUGAACACAGGCGGAGGAUAGAUAACGCGGCCACUGUUCCUUCCCACUCGCUUCAACAUGUCCAUUUGGCUAGCAAUGCCAGCUCGCCCGCUCUAGCGGCUCGGCCAAAUCCUCAUCUCGUUCAGCCUUCUCGACCGAUUGAACGGCCGACUGCAAAAGGUCCAAUCGUCUCAGGUUCCGAACAAAUACUAAGCGCAGCACAGCUUCCCUUGUCACACUCUGUCGUUCGUCCCCAAAAAGCGCCGAUAGGUCAGCAAUUAGGUCAGCGCCCGAGCGAACGAGGUGAGCCAUUGCGAGCGACGCCUCCAUCUUCUCAAAACAUGCCCACCAUGGUGCGUCCACAAUCAUUUAAAAACACCGGUCUCCAACGGGAAUUCCAGUUUAGCGAGAAUAGCACUCUCCCGUCAAGCACGCCAGCAAAUCUCCCUCAGGCCAGUGCGAGAGAGUUGGAAGCCGCCGAUAAUUUGGUGACUACGUGCCAGCGUCAGGGUCAAAUACAGAAGCCACCCCUUUCCACUCCCGGCUCCUCAGCUGGGCAGCAACGUGGAGCGGAAUUAUCUAGGAAUCCAGCAAUAGCAACCAGUAACGGGCAGCGACUUGGCUUAGCCUCAAAUGGAGCAGGAGCAAUGCGAACAGCGACAUCGUUGCCCACCGGCCCUGCGAGAAAUGGUCCAGGUGCUGCUAGCGGCCUAGAGCGAAGAUCUGUCCCUGACCAUCCGCAAACAGGACAAUUGCGCACCGAGGAUGGUCUAUAUUCUCCUACAAUUCAACCCAGAAAUACCGAGCCAGCUAAUCCCGGUCCCCCACUGUCUUCUGGAGUCACAACACUUCCGCGUCCGGAGAUACGGAACUUACCAGGGCACAGUCCCUCUGAGCGCGUGGGGGCGCCUGGGAGAGGCGGCCGAAUACAAAAGCAAACCAAUGUUGUCCAAUCCACCGCUAUGUCGCAUCACGCAAACGCAGCGCUAGCUAUAUUAGGUCGCCGGCCUUCAUCGAAAACCCAUAAAGACCUUAGGCGAACGGAACGCCAAAGUGAGGAUCCUCCUCUAGUCCAACGUGAUAAUACACCGUCUAGUGGAACAGGGAUGCAUGGAGCGGCAACCCAAUCUCAAGAGACGGACACGGCUGGAGGGACGGCACAGAUACCUCAGUUUAUAAUGACGGAGGAGGCCAGAUUGAACGGUCGUCACACUCAACGCCGCGCAGCUCAGGCACCCCGCACCCAGUCGUUAGCGCAGCCAUAUCAGCAGCAAGGGGUCACGGCAAGCGGAGUGCAAAAUCAUCUAACAAAUCAACCCGCGCAGCGGUUGGGGUACACGGAAACACGAAAUGGACGACUGACUGCAAAUUCAGGUACGGGUGGGUCACGCGAGCUCCAUCAAAGCAAUAUAGGCUUUCCUCGCACACUGAACCCUCAUGCUUGGCUCGAAGAGGUUGACCGACCUCUAUUACCACAUGGUCAGCACCAAAACAUCCCGCAGAUGAGCCGUCUUCGGUCCCAAACAAACGGCACUGAUCUUACCAGACGGGAGCUCGAGAGCCUUGAGCAAUCGAUGUUGGCUAGUCAUGACCAGAACAGGUCAAGGGUCCUGAAUUUAUACCACCAAUUGGAUGACCAAGCUAUUCAAGAGUGUCUGCUUCGGCAUUUUCAUGCUGAAAUUUGCGAGAAUCUUCGUCGAGCUGACCAGGAUCCGUCUUAUCUUGCUUUCCAUGGCCCGGAGCUCAGGAGAAGAUGGGAGGAAAUCGCACGCUCAACAGGAGGAAAUAUUCCGAGGCCCCAGGACCCUGGACGUGCAAAUGGUGCAGAGGGUGCAGAUGGGAAAUCCAAGCAGAAUGAUUGA